AAGAGUGUAUAGACAACUUUGACUUUGACAUGGCAAGGCUGUACUGUCUGCGAGCGCUGGAUAUUGAACCCACUAACCUGACUAUCCUGGACAUGAUAGGGAACAUCUGCACUGAGCUGGGAGAAAUAGAGAAAGCUAAACAGGUGUAUCUGAAGGCUGUGGAGCUCAGUCCAGAGGACGGCCACAGUAAGUACAUGUACCUGGGGCAGAUUCACACAGGCAUGGAAGCUGUACAAUACUUCCUUAAAGGAACUGAGGUCAUGCUUAACACCAUGGACAAACACGCCAGUGAGGCUAGUGCGUUUGGAGCGGCUGCAUUUCCAUCCAAGUGUGCUGUCACAAAAAAGAACGUGUCUAUGGCCUUCUGCUCCAUCGCUGAGAUCUUCUUCACAGAUCUCUGCAUGGAGGAGAGUGCUGCUGACUGCUGCAAAGAGGCCUUCGACAAAGCUUUACAGUACGAUGAGCACAACCCUGAAGCUCUCCAGCUCAUGGCCAGCUACCUGUUCAGCAUAGAGAAAACUGAGGAGGGGCGUAAGUACCUGAAGAAGAGUGUCGUCAUGGUUACCUAGCCUACAGAAAGAGGAAGAGUCAUUGGCGAGCACAGAGCAUGACAUGGAGGAAGAAAAAGAUCAGAAUAAGAGCAACAUCCUGCCUUAUGAAUCCAGAAUAACAACAGCCAAACUGCUGAUCGAGGCUGAGCAGUAUGAGAUGCCUGCGCACACACAUACACAGUUGGCUUUGGAGGAUUUGUGCUUAGCCCCGCUGCAGACUCAAAUUUGUGGUGAAGUGGAGGAAAUGAAAUGAAAGACGGAUCUUGCUCUCAGACAAAAGAAUGGAGGGAUCUAAGAGCAAUUAUAGGAGCACA